UAAGACAACAAGACACCUCCCCUUAGCAGUCCAACGCCGGCCCCCAUCGUCCCUAGUAGAGGGGGAGAGUCCGGGGGGGGACUUGCUGCAUGUGAGCUUCUGCACGUAGCAUUCAGGAUUUUAGGAAUCCAGCCCCUGAACGCCAGAUGGACAUCGGUGCGCAGCAACGUCCCCGAUAGGUCCCGAGUACCAGACUGCUGCUCAUCUCCUUCUGCCUUCAACUGGUCCCCGGCGUUUGGACACCGACCACAGGAGGACACGUCUCUGCUGCAGGAUGCUCUCGUUUGGGAUGGCGCUGUCAUGUUUAAGUUUACUGGUGCUUAGCUGUCUGCAGUCGCUUUCGGCCAACAAUGACUUCUUCACCUCCAUAGGCCAGAUGACGGAUCUGUUGUACACAGAAAAAGACCUGGUCACCUCUCUGAAGGACUACAUCAAAGCAGAGGAGAACAAGCUUGAGCGGGUCAAACAGUGGGCUGAUAAGUUGGAUUUGUUGUCGGCUGCAGCCGUGCAGGACCCCGAGGGCUUCCUGGGGCACCCGGUCAAUGCCUUCAAGCUGAUGAAGAGGCUGAACACAGAGUGGGGGGAUCUGGAGAGCCUUGUGCUCAGUGACACCACUGAAGGAUUUAUAUCCAACCUGACGAUCCAGAGACAGCACUUCCCGACAGAUGAGGACCAGACGGGGGCGGCCAAAGCUCUCCUCCGGUUACAAGACACCUACAAACUGGAUGCCAACACCAUCUCCACCGGGGACCUCCCUGGGGCUAAACACAAGAGCCUUAUGACAGUGGAGGACUGUUAUGAGUUGGGGAAAAUUGCCUACUCUGACGUCGAUUACUACCACACAGAGCUGUGGAUGGCCCAGGCCCUCAAACAGCUGGAUGGGGGCGAGGAGUCCCCUUUAGAUAGGGUGAUACUGCUCGACUACCUCAGCUACUCCAUCUACCAGCAGGGGGACAUCGAGCGAGCCCUGGAGUUGACUAAGCAGCUGCUGGCACUGGACCCGGAGCAUCAGCGCGCCAAGGGCAACCUGAAAUACUUUGAGUUCCAGUUGGAGAAGCUGAAAACGGAGGCGGCGGACGCACCUCCAACAGAGAAGAAGCUAGCGAAAAGAGAAACAACUGAGAAGAUAAAGAAGUCCAAAAAGAAGUUCCUGACUCCUCAGCUCCCAGAGAGGAAGAAGUAUGAGAUGCUCUGUCGUGGGGAGGGCAUCCGCAUGACCCCCCGCAGGCAGAGCCGGCUGUUCUGCCGUUACUAUGACAACAAGCACAACCCCAUGUAUGUGCUGGCACCGGUCAAACAGCAAGAUGAGUGGGACCGGCCCUACAUUGUCCGCUUCAUUGACAUCAUCUCUGACAAAGAAAUCGAGAGGGUCAAGCAGCUGGCGAAGCCACGGUUAAGGCGAGCCACGGUGCAUGACCCCCUAACCGGGAAACUUACAACGGCCCAGUACAGAGUCUCCAAGAGUGCCUGGCUCACUGGCUACGAGGAUCCACUGAUUGACAGGAUCAACCAGAGAAUCGAGGAUCUCACAGGGCUGGAAAUGGACACUGCAGAAGAGCUGCAGGUUGCAAAUUAUGGCGUUGGAGGUCAAUACGAGCCUCACUUUGACUUUGGAAGGAAAGAUGAGCCAGAUGCCUUCAAAGAGCUGGGCACCGGGAACCGCAUAGCAACAUGGCUCUUCUAUAUGAGCGAUGUAGCAGCAGGUGGAGCCACAGUUUUUCCAGAUAUUGGUGCAUCAGUUUGGCCCCAAAAGGGCACCGCUGUGUUCUGGUACAACCUGUUUCCCAGCGGGGAGGGAGACUACAGCACCCGACACGCAGCUUGUCCAGUGUUGGUCGGCAACAAGUGGGUAUCAAACAAAUGGAUCCACGAGCGAGGUCAGGAGUGGCGGCGGCCUUGUGCCCUGAAUGAAACCGAAUGAUGGCCAGAGUGAAGCCUUCCUCCUCACGUCCUUCGGCCCUGCCAAAGACCACGGCGGCAGAUCAGGCAGGAAGCCUGCACGGGGUCCAAACGGAUCACUCCCUCCCUACGAACACUCUCUUUCCCGCACAGAUGUUACGCUCUGAGCCCAGAGGUUGUCUGGGUCAACGACAAGCCCCUGGACAUUUUUAUUUUUUUAUUUUUAGGCAUUUCUAUGACAGAUUAUGUUCUUUGGAUGUUUGAUUCCACUCCGAUGUGUCCGUCUUUAUGAACGCCGUUUCUUAGGUGAGGUCAUCCUUCAGCAGUGACUUGGAACCUUUAAAGGAACAGCUCACGUUUUUUAAGAGGCUCUCUGAUUCUUUGCGUUUAAUCAACACAGCAAUUAAGCCUGUGUUGUUCAUUUUUUAGUAGUUUGGGUUGUGCUCAAUUUCUUUUGCAAAAUAAUUUUCCAGAUCUUUGGAGUCUGGCCUUUUCCUCACAGGAGAUUGAAUUAGCAUACAUUGUUCACUCAAUUCAUUUCUUUGCUCUAUUUCCACGUUAUAUCGGUCUCUUCAUCAAAUCAAUUUUAAGAUUUAAAACAAAGUACUUUAUGGAAGGAAUGAAGACGGUCAGACUCUUUAACAAUUCAGUUUGGUGUUUUGGUUCAUGGAAAAGCCUUUGUCUUGUAACUCAUCAGAAGGGGUUGAAGUGGCAUGGCUACCUCGAGGUGGUGCAUUUUGACGUGUUUAUCCGCCUCAAAGACUAGUGUUCUUUUGGUUCAAGUCCUCUGAAUGGUACUACAAGAUACUGUUCGAUUUGUUGUACACACUCAACACCUGGACACACACACACGGUUACGUAAACCCUGAUGCUGCAUAGAAUCAAGUAUUUUCCCACAAUGAUUGCAACAGAUUGACAACCGGCUGUCUUUGAAAUAGCAGAAGCACCAAAGGGACACUAAUAAGGAACACUAGAGAAAAGAAGGGUGGGACGGACUCCACAUUGUGCCGUGACCGGUUUAAAUACCCAGCAUUGUUUUGUGAGAAGAGUCAAUAAUUGUGGUUAGGUUUGAAAUGUUGUCCAGUGCUUAUCCGUGUGAGAAUAUGUGUUUUCCAAGGAAGCAACAUUUUAUUUAUAUGUCCCAAUCCAAUUUUGUGAUAUUUUUGUUUUACAUGAAAGUCUGAAAUUGGUUUUAUUUUCUACAAUAAAGACUGUUUUAUCGAUCAAGUUAAAA